AUGAGCUACGUCUCGGACCGUCACGGGGUUCACACCAUUCCAAAAGGGGAAUGUGCUGGCUGUGGGCAUCAGAUCGUGGGGCAGGUAACUUAUUUUGUUAUAAUUUUGGUCUUUUUUAUCCAAAAUGUAAUUUUUUUUGUAAAAUCAUAAAAAUUAUUGUCUUUAAAAACUUUUAGUAAAUCAUGGUAAUUUUAUAUAAAUUUUAAAGCACAUAUUGUUUAGAAACGCUACUUUUAAAUUCAGAUUGUAAUUGCCAUGGGUAAGAACUGGCAUCCAGAGCAUUACAUCUGUUGCCAAUGUGGUCAACAACUUGGCAACGUGCCGUACUUCGAGAGAGGCGGCAAACCGUACUGUGAAAGAGACUAUCAAGACCUGUUCUUACCUCGAUGUGCUUUCUGUGACGAGGCUAUUAAGGAUGCAAGUUUAAAUUUAAAUUUUCUAGUUUUAAAAAGUGUUGAAGGUUAUUGUUGGAUCAGGUCAUUAUUUUUCAUAAUAUUUUUUAUUUUAAUAAAAAAUAAGAUUUAAAAGUUUUCCAUGUACUUUUGACUACAUUAUCGUUUAAGUAAACAAAUAAAUGUUUUUAGAGAUGUGUACAUGCCUUAGGCAAGGUAUACCACACCGAACACUUCGUAUGUGCUGAAUGUGAGUCAGACUUUGGAAUCGAUGGAUACUACGAGAAGGAUGGAGUGGCAUACUGUAAGAUGGACUAUUUGAGGUUGUUUGGUCCCAAGUGUCAUGGAUGUAAGGGACCAGUUCAGAAUCAGUUCAUCUCAGCUUUGGGGCAUACUUGGGACCGGGAUUGCUUUGUCUGCACGGUAUGUUGGUUUUGUAAUAUUUCAAAGUUUAAAAUUUUAAAAAUAUUCAGCCUUUAAAUGCAAGUUAUUUUUAAAAUUUUGGUUAGAUUGUGUCGUUAUUAAACUUAAAAACAAUGAAAACACUAACCUACAACAAUAUACUGUUAUGAAGGACAAUAAGCCGGAAACUUCAGGACUGUCACUCACCAUUCCUGAACGGCACGUUCUUCGAGUGGAAGGGAAUGCCGUUGUGUGAGAAGGAUUACCAUUUGAGGCGAGGCUCGGUCUGCUGCCACUGUAAUCUGCCCAUCCACGGCCGGUGUGUGAUUGCCUUAGGGAAACACUUCCAUCCCGAGCACUUCCAAUGUUCCCGUUGUCGUAAACAGCUGACAAGGGCCAACUUCAAGCAAAUCCAUGAGAAGGCUUACUGCCAGAAGUGUUCGCAGAAACUAAUCCCACCCAUCGAGUAUGUGAAACAAUAA